GCCGGGUAUAAAUAAGUUUGCCUGGAUAUGCAUUUCAAAAAAGAAGUUUGCCUGGAUCUUGAACUGUCAUUGAAUCUGAAAUUCAGAAGACUCACGAUGAUCAACAAAAAGCACCCUUCCCACCUUAAUAAGCGUGCUCUUUUCUCAAUCUUUGUCAUAUUUCUUUCUUUAUCGAUAUCAAUGGCCAAGCCCCAAAACAAAAGUCCUACUUUGGUGAAUCUCGGGGUCGUUCUUCAUGACCUUAAUCAUUCAGUUGGUGGGAAGAUGUGGUUGAGUUGCAUAGAAAUGGCCCUGUCAGACUUCUAUGCAUCUCGUCCUCACUACAACACUAGGUUGGUCCUGAAAUUCAGGGAGUACAAACCAAAUAGUGUGCUCGGUGCAGCCAACGCAGCUCUUGAUCUCAUAAAGAAUGAUCAGGUACAAGCCAUCAUCGGACCAGUGACAUCGAUGGAGACGAGCUUCGUUAUUUCUCUGGGAGAUCAAGCACAAGUGCCGAUCAUAUCAUUUUCUGCCACAAGUCCUUCUCUUACUUCACUCCAAAGUUCCUAUUUCUUCCAGUUUGCACAAAAUGACGCUGCACAAGUGAAAGCCAUAAGUGCAAUCAUUAAAACAUUCGGGUGGAGACAAGUUGUGCCUAUAUAUGCAGACACUGUGUACGAUGAUGGAAUGAUACCGAUUUUGACUGACGCCCUACAAGAAGUUGAUGCCCGUGUCCCCUACCGCAGCGUUAUUUCCCCUUCCGCAACUGAUGAUCAAAUUAAAAGCGAGCUUUAUAAGUUGAUGACCAUGCAGACUCGAGUCUUCAUUGUUCACGUGACAAGUGAUCUAUGCUCUAAGCUAUUUGCUAAGGCGGAAGAGGUGGGAAUGAUGGGUAAAGGCUAUGUUUGGUUGAUCACUAGUGGGAUUACUAAUCGUUUAAGUUCGAUGAAUUCUUCAGUCAUCAGUACCAUGAAUGGAGUAGUUGGUGUGCAAACUUAUGUCCAAAAGACAACAGAGCUUGAAGAUGUCAAAUUCCGGUGGAAAAGGCAUUUCAGAAAACACUAUCAAGAUGUCGAUGCUGAAUUAGAUGUUUUCGGACUUUGGGCUUAUGAUGCUACUUUUGCCAUAGCAAUGGCAACUGAACAAGUGCUUGGGACUACAAGUAGUAUUGGUUUCCAAGACCCAAAUGCUUCUAACAACUUGACAGGACUUGACACACUUCCUGCCUCUUCGUAUGGUCCAAAACUUCGCGAAGCCCUCUCGACUACUGAAUUUAAAGGCAUUGCCAGCGAUUUCAGCGUUGUUGAUGGGCAACUUCAGUCAUCAAAUUAUUAUAGCAUUGUCAACGUUGAUGGUCGCGGAGCACGAUCAAUAGGAUUUUGGACACCACAACAUGGAUUGGUGCGCAGAUUGAAUCCGGAAAGUUUUGAGGGCAAUAUUGGACCGAUUAUUUGGCCGGGUGAUUCAGUUGACGCUCCAACUGGAUGGGUAAAUCCAACAGGUGGGAAGAGGUUGAGAGUAGGGAUUCCUGUCAAGAAUAGAUAUGAUGAAUUUGUAAAUGUUAUGAAGGAUCCUGUGACUAAUCAAAUAUCUGUUAGUGGAUUCAGUGUUGAUGUCUUUAAGGCUGCAGUGGAAUCAUUACCAUAUGCUCUUCCUUAUGAAUACAUUCCUUUCGCGAACCCAGAUGGCACCAGCGCCGGCAGCUACAGUGAUUUGUGCUAUCAAGUAUAUCUUGGGAAGUUCGAUGCUGCGGUCGGAGAUAUAACUGUUACCAAAAACAGAUCAAAAUAUGUAGAUUUCACGACGCCAUAUAUUGACUCUGGCGUAGCAAUGGUUGUGCCCGUCCUGAGAAGAAGGAGCGAAAAUGCAUGGGUGUUCUUGAGGCCUUGGACAUGGGAUCUUUGGCUAACAACUUCUUGUUUCUUCCUUUUCAUUGGUUUUGUGGUUUGGGUACUUGAACAUCGAAUUAAUGAAGAUUUUCGCGGUCCCCCUUCACAUCAAGUUAGCACUGGUCUCUGGUUCUCCUUCUCGACAAUGGUUUUUGCACACACUGCCAAAGUUGUCAGCAAUUUGGGCAGAUUUGUGAUGGCUGUAUGGAUAUUUGUUGUGCUAGUGUUGACAAUAAACUACACAGCCAAUCUGACUUCAUUAUACACCGUUCAAAAACUCAAGCCAACUCCAACCGGUUUAAAGGAUCUUCUGAGUGAGGGGGAAAAUGUCGGCUACACAACCAAUCCUAAUGUUUACCAGUACUUGAAACAAGUUGGUUUCAAAGAUUCCAAGCUUAGGCAUUAUCGGAAUUUGGAAGAAAUUGCUGAGGCUCUUUUAAAAGGGAGUGCAAAUGGAGGUGUUGCUGCUUUGGUUGAUGAAACCCCCUACUCGAUGCUUAUUGCUUCAAAAUAUUGCGACAAAUAUACCAUGAUUGGACCCUUAUUUAAAACAGAUGGAUUUGCCUUUGCAUUUCCGAAAAAAUCUCCUAUCCUACCUGAUAUAUCAUUAGUUAUCUUGGAUAUGAUUAGGGGACAGAAGAUGUCCAGCAUUCAAAGCAUUUGGAUUAAAAAUAAUAGCAAUUGUCAACGCUCAAGUGCUGAGAAGGAGUUUCGCAGUAGUAUUGACACUGAUAACUUUUGGGUCUUAUUCCUCAUUGCUGGGACAGCUUCAACACUCGCUCUCAUCAUAUUUGUAGCCUCCUUCAUUUACAGGCACAGAUACAUCUUCACGCAACCAGAUCCAGAUGGUUCAUGCCCCUCUACUUGGACAAAGAUUCAGACCAUGUUUACUGUUUUCAACGAAAAAGACCCCAACUAUCACGCCUUCAAAUGUAGCCAACCCCCUAGUGCAAUUGAGUCCUCACCGAGCCACCCGCAUAGUCCAGAGGACGAUCGUUCAAGCCACACUGAUACCGAUUUCGCAUUUUCUGGAGAGCAACACACAUCCGCAACUGAUCAAGCCUCUCCAGAAAACGCUCCUGCUGCCCCUGACGUUGUAGUAGCCUUGCAAAUAAUUACUCCUAGUACAGCUUAGGACUACAGUUGUACGUAAACCAUUAGAUUGUAGGGCUAUAAUUCGGUCCUGGUUCCUUAAGGAACCCGUUGGAACUGAACCGGUUUUAUACAGUUCAAUUUGGUUUGUGUAAAAAAAAAGUUAUCACUCGAACCGAACCGUUUUAUAUACAGACGGUUUGUUUCGGUUAUAGUUAUAAAAACA